AUGAAGUUCCUCAGUGCCCUCGGCUUGCUCGCGCUUCUUCCUCUUGUUACUCGUGCUCAAUACGCGAGGAAGUGUACUUCGCUCGAAGUGCGCAAGGAAUGGAGGUCCUUCACCAAAGCGGAACGCAAGGCCUGGAUUGAUGCUACCAAUUGUCUGAACAAGAGACCCAGCAAUGGAAAGCUAGAACUCGAGGUUGAUACCAACAGUUUUAAUAAUCCUGCUUGGCGCAUUGCUCCUUAUAACGAAAGUGGGACGUAUUAUGACGAUUUAAUUUAUGCACACAUGAACUUGAAUCCUUUAAUUCAUUGGACUGGCCGCUUCCUUCCUUGGCAUCGGUAUGAUCUGGAAUCUUUGCGCUGCACAGAAGCUGAUACCAACAUUGCUUCGAUCAACAGUGUUUAUUUGUUUGAAUGGACCAACAUUCUUCGGGAGGAAUGUGGAUACGAGGGCGUAGUGCCAUAUUGGGCAUGGGAGAAAGAUACCGACGAUUUUGAAGGUAGCGAGAUAUGGGAUACUGAUUCUGAAUAUGGACUCGGAGGGUUCAGCAACGAUUCGUCAGACGACUAUGUGAUCCAUGAUGGAGCACUUGAUAUUGACCUUGCAUACCCGACGCUCCGUAGACAUUAUAUUCCCUACCCAUACGAUAUCCCCGUUCCGUUCAACAACUCCAAAAUCAAAGCGACCGACACGUUUACUCCGGAAGAGGUCAAAAAACUGCUCGCUCAACCCGAAGGAAAUUACACCCGGUUCCAGUCUUACAUGGAGUCGCUCAUUGGCAUGCAUAGUUCGCUUCACCUCAUGAUAGGAGGGGACAUGGGUACUAUAUGCCCUGCUGGUACGGAAGGUACCGAGUACUGCCCUGCUCAAAGGACUGCGACUUUUUCGACCAAUGAUCCCAUCUUCCAUCUGCAUCACGGGAAUAUCGAUCGUCUCUGGUGGUUAUGGCAAGAGAAGAGCAGCAAGAAUAAAAACGCUUUCUACGGAGGUUCUGUUCAGAACGUCUCAUCGCUUGACGUGUAUCCCAAUGGCCAACCACCCUGGUUGAGCAAGUCAAGUCGCCUCCCUAAUGCUGAUUCGGAUUCGGAGCAUGUAGCUAAACGAGCCCGCCGUGCGACUCCCACGUUCGACUUUGAUACCGACUCCGAAACUCAUCCUGACCUGAGUACUCGAUCGGACUCGGAGCCAGACCCAUAUAUAACCUCUGAGCCCAACACUGACGAUGAGCCGGACCCGACAGCGGAGCCCUCCGCAACACACGUCGAAACUUUCUUUUCGAAAUACCGUUCAUUCACUUUCAACACUACCCAACCCAUCAUGGCCGAGUUCUACCGACUAUGUGCCUUUACCUUGGUCGAUCGCGAAAAGGCAAGACAAGGAUUCCGGGACGCAUUGACUCGAGAUUUCAACGAGAUGUACGGAGUCGACGAGGAUGAUUUGGGCUCGUGGCAACGUCUAUGUCGGGCUGUGGUGGCAAAAGUUCCGGAUGAUAUUGAGGAGUGUCGAAAGAUUGUUAAUAUAGUCGAUUUGGUUGAUACCCGAAUCACCGGUAUUCCUGUUCUACAGUUCGAGUCGGAGGCCGAGUUGAAAUGUGGCUGCGGAUGCGACGUCAACUUGGAGGAGUCGGAGGAAGAAGAAAUCUUAAGUUUGUCCUCGGACUCAGAGGAUGAAGUUCAACCUUCUUCCAAAAAGCCGAGAUUAAAGCUGGAAAUGUCAGACUCGGAGUCUGAUUCAAAAACUGCUGUAGCAAUGCCCAGCUCGAGUUUUAUUCCACCUCCGAGUUCAUACCCUGACAGCUCUGACUCUGACUCGGACGACAUACCUCCCUGGCCUACUACAUACCCUAAACCAGAACCCGUUUCGCAAAGAGCAAAGCCCGAACCGUUCUCUCAAUUAUUCGACCCAGAUCCUGUCAAACCUGAAGCACUCACAAACCAACAUACACCAGUUCUUCAGCCAGAUCGCAAGCCCAGGUCAAGAGGGAAAGAGGACGCGUUGACCAAGGACUUUAAUGUGAUGUAUGGUACGGAUGUGGAUGAUUUGAAAGCUUGGAAAGGACUGUGUCGGGUGUUGGAGUUUGAGAACAUCCCUGAUGAUCUUGAAGAGUGUAGGAGGUUAGUUGCGGCAACGUACGUGAACAUUGUCGACCUGAUCGAUACAAAGCUCACAGGCAAGCCUGUCCAACAUUUCAACUCGGAACUCGAGCUUUCCAAGUAUACCAAGAAACACCGAAAGUUUUUCCCGCGAAACAAUGUGCAUUCUGGAACAUUGCUCAAGUUUUUGUUAAGACGGAUCCUCAGUCCAACAACUGCGACGAGGGAUAAUCCUUACCCUCACCUCGAAGGUAUGAGGCGAAGGCCAUAG